GUUUUUGCUCUUUGCUUUGUGUGCGCGUUUCAGUUCGUUGAUCGAUUGGUUGAUUGUUUUUUCUUUUUUUUUUUUUGUGUAUACGUUAAUUUAAGUAUAGAUGUGUGCAUGUGUGCAUGUGCAGAGUGAGAGAGAGAGAGAGAGAGGAAGAUUGAGGUGUCGGCACGUUAAGUUGAUGGAAUAAUUGUUGUUUGAUUGAGUGUUGAGUGCAAAGUUAGCUUAAUUCUGAUAGUCUUUGACGCGAUGGAUGAGCGACUUGUAGGCUCGGAGAUUCAUGGAUUCCAUACAUUGAAGGAUUUGGAUUUUGGGACCAUGAUGGAGGAAGCGAAAACAAGAUGGUUACGGCCAAAUGAAAUUCAGGCUAUAUUAUGUAAUAGCAAGCAUUUCAGCAUCAAUGCCAAGCCAGUGAACAUGCCCAAAAGUGGCACUGUAGUUUUGUUUGACCGUAAGAUGCUUAGGAAUUUCCGGAAAGAUGGUCAUAGCUGGAAGAAGAAAAAGGAUGGGAAGACUGUUAAAGAGGCUCACGAACAUCUAAAAGUUGGUAAUGAAGAGAGGAUUCAUGUUUACUAUGCACAUGGUGAAGAUAGCCCAACCUUUGUUCGCAGAUGUUAUUGGCUACUUGAUAAGAGUCUGGAAAACAUAGUCCUUGUUCAUUAUCGGGAAACUCAGGAGGGUUCUCCAGCCACACCACCAAAUUCACACUCUAGCUCAGUCUCAGACCAGCCUGCUUCAUGGCUUUUACCUGAAGAAUUUGAUUCUGGAGCUGGUCAGGCAUAUUAUGCUGGGGAGAAAGAACUAGCUGUUCAGCUUGGUUCAGAGCCAAAUGACAAUUUAACUGUCCAAAAUCAUGAAUUGAGACUUCAUGAAAUCAAUACACUUGAAUGGGAAGAACUCGUGGUGGCAAAUGAUUCCAAUAAUUCAACUGAAACCAGUGGAGACAAAGUUUCAUGCCUUGGCCAACAAAAUCACUCUGCAAUAAGUGGGGCCAUGACCAAUGGUAGCUAUGUUCCAGCAUAUGAUUUAUUUGCAGAAGUUUCUUCUAUUAGUAAUCUAACUCAAUCAAUUGCUAGGAUUGAAAAUGCUCAUUUCAAUAUUCUGGAUGGAGUUUAUGGUAAAAAAAUGGUGAGUCAGGUGAAUUUAGACACAGUGAGAAAGGAUUUUUCAGUGUGUGCUGGUGAUACCCUGGACAUUUUGGCCAGUGAUGGUUUGCAGAGUCUGGACAGUUUAGGCAAACGGAUGAACAACAUCUUGACUGACUCUCCGGGUUCAGUGGAUGAUCCUGUGUUUCAUUCACCAAUGUCAUCUGGUCAUCAGCAAUAUACCAUUUCUGAUCACAUAUUCAACAUAACAGAUGUUGCACCUGCAUGGGCCUUUUCAACUGAAAAUACAAAGAUUCUAAUUACUGGAUUUUUUCACGAGGAAUAUUUACAUCUUUCCCAGUCCAAUCUGUCAUUGGUCUGUGGUGAUAUAUGUGUGCCUGCAGAUGUUGUUCAGAUUGGGGUGUACCGCUGUUUGGUAUCACCACAUUCUCCUGGUUUAGUACACCUAUAUAUGAGUAUUGAUGGCCAUAAACCUAUCAGCCAAAUUCUUAAUUUUGAGUUUCGUGCUCCUUCAGUGCAUGAGCCAGUAAUUUCAUCAGAAGAUAAGUUGAAUUGGGAAGAGUUUCAACUUCAGACAAGGCUUGCUCAUCUGCUUUUCUCUACAUCCAAGGGCCCUAACAUCUUUUCUAGUAAAGUGUCACCAAAUGCCCUGGAGGAGGCUAAGAAUUUUAGUCUGAAAACCUCUCAUAUUUGCAGUAGUUGGUCUUAUUUGAACAGAUCAGUUGAAAACAACAAGACUUCGGUUGCAGAAGCGAAAGACAGUUUGUUUGAAUUCACUUUGAAGAACAAAAUGAGGGAAUGGCUUGUGGAAAAAAUAGUUGAAGGGUGUAAAACCACCGAAUAUGAUAGUCAAGGCCAAGGAGUAAUACAUUUGUGUGCUAUUCUUGGAUACACAUGGGCUAUCCAUCUAUUUUCAUGGUCAGGCUUAUCAUUGGAUUUUCGAGAUAAAUAUGGGUGGACAGCUCUGCAUUGGGCUGCAUAUUGUGGAAGGGAGAAAAUGGUUGCAACUCUUUUAUCAGCUGGGGCGAAGCCAAACUUAGUCACGGACCCCACUUCGGAAAAUCCUGGUGGAUGUACCGUUGCAGAUCUUGCAUCUAAGCAGGGCUAUGACGGCUUAGCAGCUUUUCUUUCUGAACAGGCUUUAGUAGCACAGUUCAAUGAUAUGACCAUAGCUGGAAAUAUUACUGGAACACUGCCAACAGGCACCACUGAGACUGUAGACAAUCAGAAGCUCACUGAGGACGAGCUGUAUAUGAAGGAUAGUUUGACAGCUUAUCGAUAUGCUGCCGAAGCAGCAGCACGUAUUCAAGUUGCAUUCAGGGAGCACUCACUAAAAGUACAGGCUAAAGCAGUUCAGUUAUCCAAUCCUGAGGAUGAAGCGCAAAGUAUAAUUGCUGCAAUGAAGAUUCAGCAUGCAUUCCACAACUUUAAUAUGCGGAAAAAAAUGGCAGCUGCUGCCCGCAUCCAACAUAGGUUCCGUACAUGGAAAAUUCGUAAAGAUUUUCUUAAUAUGCGUCGUCAAGCUGUCAAAAUCCAAUCUGUCUUCCGGGGCUUCCAUGUUAGGAAGCAGUAUCGUAAGAUUCUAUGGUCAGUUGGGGUGCUUGAAAAAGUAAUUCUGCGCUGGCGAUUAAAAAGAAAAGGUUUCCGUGGUCUAAAAAUUGAUCCUGGUGCUGAAGGAGUUGGAGAUCAGAAGCAAGAUAGUGAUGUAGAGGAAGACUUCUAUCAAACCAGCCGUAAACAAGCUGAAGAGCGUGUUGAGAGAUCAGUUAUACGGGUUCAAGCCUUGUUUCGGUCAAAGAAAGCACAAGCAGAAUAUAGGAGGAUGAAGAUGGCCCAUGAUCAAGCAAGGCUGGAAUACGAAGGAUUACUUCACCGAGAGGUUGAGAUGGACACUUGAAGAGGAAAAGGAGAAGGGGUUUGGAAGCUUGGAAAUCUGAGAUAUUCGAGGACACUUUUGGAGCAUCAGCAUAGAGAAGUUUGUAUAAAUGCGUAUAGGUUAAGUGUGCACUCUUGUUGGCCUUUUCAACUGUUCUAAGAUUUUAUGAAAGGGUCAUAAUUUGAGUCUCCUCUAAUCCAGUCUUUGCUGGCUUUUGUGCUUAGAUUCAAGAUCCAGGUUCUAACUCCAUCUCCAUCUCCAUGGAUGGAAACUGAAUUUAGGUAGUAUUUAUGUAAAAUAUUAUUCUGUUUAAAUAUCAGAUUUCAUCAAUGUUAAAGAAACCAAUGAAUAGGUCCUUGUUUCAUCGAUAA